AUGGCGGACUGGAUUACACCGCCUGAUCCCGAGAGGGAAUACAACUUGAUAUCUCAACUUGAACUCCGGAUCGCUUCAGCAUCCACAGACGAAAAGUUCGAGUCAAUAAUACAGAAGUUUCUUCCGGCGCUUCUACUCAAACUAGCAACAUCUGUUCCCAAGAAUCGAGAACUAGCCACCAAAGUCUGCACCUAUGUCUACCAGCGUGUCAAGAUCGGUUCCGAGAUCCAGGUGCCGAUCCCUGCGGUGGUCAAGACUUACUCGGAGGCAAAGAUUGCUGGUGUGGUACAGUUCAGCCUCCUCUUCCUCACGCUGGGUUUGCCACGGCUAAAAGACGAGCAAGCUGUUGAAGCGCUUUCAUCUGUUUUGCAGUCGGUCGUGCCCAAUCAGGAGGUCGUUGACAGUGCCCAGCUCAAGCCGUGGGCUCUUGUAUUUGACUUUCUGCUGGAUGUGCUUCGCCGCUGGAGAGUACCGGAACGAGGCAGCAAGGAAGAGCAGGCCUUGAAGGAGAAAUUUGCACUCACGCCGGUGCAGACAAACCAUCUUGCUUCGAGGUUGGGCGAUUGGGUCCUGCAUGAUCCCAAAAACCCAUCCAACCCGGGUAGUGUUGAGUUUCAAUCGGUCUACGACAAGAACUACAAACGACGGGCAGAGACGAUUCCUCCGCUGGGGAAGUUCCUCUUCACUUCAAUUUUCGACGAUCGCCAGCGGUUCAUUCCUGCCGUCAUCAUGUCCGUUGACGCCAAUGCGUCUGCCGUCAGCAUGAGCGACGUCAUGUUCAAGCAGUGCCACUUUGAUCUCGAAGAUGACCAGAACGUGACCGCACUCUUCGGACUUUAUAGUGGUGGUCCAACGAAGGUACGCACUCGGAUCCUGACGCUGCUUUCGCGAAGCCAGAGAGCUGCAUCACACCCCGACAAAUUUAUGGAGCUUGUACGGCAGGAACUUGACUCGGGAAGUCUCGGCCAUGGACCGACGCCGAGCGCUCUGGAGAAGUCUAAGCUACACGCAGCCCUGUUUUCUUACCUCAUGUGGGUAGUACGAGUUGGUCCGAACCUCGGAAACGUCAGUACCGAAAUACAGGAUCUUAUGAAAGCUUACAUCGAUUCUCAAGGCUGGCCAGAAAUGAACGAUCGUUCGUCUGCGAUCGAAUUCGAGCUACGGGGCAAGGCAUACGAGAGCAUUGGCCUGCUGGGUGUCAAACAGGAUGACCAGCGGGAUGAGGCAGCGAAUGAGCGUAUGCUUGACCUCAUUGCGUGGCUUUUUGCCAGCUUGGGUUCCGAUACGACUGCUGGCAUCAAAAGCAGCAUCGAAGAAGCGAUCGGGCGCAUCAUGAACACGGUGGUUGAUUUAGAUGAGUCAACUCUAUCCCGAUUCAAGAACCUUCUUCUAUGGAACAUGCUAGCGCAACCUGGAGAGGCAGAGCCCACGUUCUCGUUUCCGCUUGUCAACAGUACCAAAUACCCUGCCGUACGAUUCGCAAACAAGUGCUUGCCUUUCAGCGAUGUCGACGCACGGUUUAUCGAUGUCCUGGCUCUUGAUACCUCGGACAGGCGCGAAGUCGCUGAAGAAGGCCUGAGGGGUCUCGACCCUUAUUGGCAUGCCUCGAGCUCGCGGCUAUCUGGUGGUCUCCCGGGAGAUCAUAAAUUGACAAUGCCUCGUUUCGAGAACGUCGUCAAGCGUUUCUUUGAGGGCUCUCCGGAAGAGAAGAAGCUCUAUGAAAGCACCACCAAGCUUGCAUCCGCGGUCAGAUUUUGCCGUAACAUCCUAGUGUGCAACACGCUCGAAACUACGACGACGCAUCGACCUGAAGAUUCGACUGACUGGCAACAAAGCAUCGAUGCCCUUGUUAACAACGACAAAGAGGUACGAGAGAAGAUCAAGCUGCAUCUGCGCGACGUCAACACAGAUGCACUAAUAACAUUCCUCAAAAUGGCCCUUCUCGGCGCCUCUCGGGAGUCUGGCGAAUGUCUUGAGGUGUCGCUCGAGGUGUUAUCACUCGCUCCAAACGGUACACUGGACGUUGUACGCGACUCGGCCUUGGCCGCUUCUUCCAGUGUCGUUUCGAAGCCGGGACUACAGCUUCGAGCCGCCCGCAUCUUCGGUAUCGUUUCGUCGGCCGAUGACGGCGCCGCCACUCUUGCCAACGCAGAAUUAGAGCAGGUACAAGGCUGGAAAGCGGCUGUCGGAGAGCAAGCAAACAGAUGUCAAGGACAACUUUUGCGUGUCUGCUUCUGUCUGACACGGAGUCUACUCAGGCGACGAAUGGACAACGACAACCCGGUUUUACAAGCCUUGACACGGCUCGUUUGCGAUAUCAUCAAAUCCACUUCGGACAAGUCCAUUAAGGAUACCGCCUAUAGGAGUCUACGCCAGGUUGCCUUGUGCACGCCACCAUCAUUGGGACCGCCUACGAGUGACGAUUUACUAAAUCCCUUGAUAGCAGACGCUAAGAAGGAGAGCGAAAUCGCCGUCGCUGCUCUCGGCCCGCUUCUCGGUGUCAUACAUGCACGUGGACCGGCCUCGGAAUUCGACAGUGUCUUCUCACGUGUCCUUGCUCUCCAUGAGGUCAAGCGAGCAGAAUUCCACUUUGCACUAGGCGAGGCUCUGGCGGUUGCCGGCGCUGGAUGGCGGUCGUCUUCUACCAUGACCGAAUUUGACGUCGAUGCAGAACUUCCAGAUUGGGGAUACAGCGGAGACCUGAUGAUUAACAUCGUUGAUAAAGUCCUCGAGAAUUCCAAGACUACUAAACCGGCCCUGAAAAAAGCAACGGCCAUAUGGUUAUUGUGCCUCAUUCAAUACUGCGGCGAUUCAUCGCCUGUCCUCUCCAGAUUACGAGAGUGCCAAGCGACGUUUACCAAGCUCCUCAAUGACCGGGACGAAAUCGUUCAAGAAACAGGCUCUAGAGGCUUGAGUCUGGUGUACGAGCGCGGCGACAAGGCACUUCGGGAAGACCUAGUCAGAGACCUGGUGCAGAGCUUCACGGGCAGCAACGCCAAAAUGUCUGGGACCGUGAACGAGGACACGCAGCUGUUCGAAGCGGGUGCUCUGCCAACCGAGAAAGGCGAAUCGGUAACAACAUACAAAGACAUUGUUCGCCUUGCCACCGAAAUGGGAGAUCCCAGCUUGGUGUACAAGUUCAUGAACUUGGCAUCGAGCAAUGCCAUCUGGUCCAGUCGUUCAGCAUUCGGCAGGUUUGGGUUGGGUAAUAUCUUGGCCGACUCGGCUUACCUGGCUGAGAACAAGAAGUUCUACCCUAAGCUGUUCCGAUACCGAUUUGACCCCAACCCAAACGUACAACGCUCAAUGAACGAGAUCUGGCGGGCACUAGUCAAAGACCCCAGCGCAGUUAUCAACAGCAAUUUCGACCUGAUUAUGGAAGAUCUGCUCAAGAGCAUCGUGUCCGGCAAAGAGUGGCGGGCACGUGAAGCAAGUUGUGCUGCCAUCUCAGACCUCGUGCAGGGUCGGGAUGUAGACAUGUUCGAGAAGUAUCUUGACGAGAUCUGGAAAGUAGCUUUCAAAGUCCUGGAUGAUGUGAAGGAGACGGUCCGCGUGGCAGCGAUAAAAUUGUGCAGAACUCUGACGAGCAUGCUGAUCAGAAAUCUCGAGAUCGGCGACGGCAACACGAAGCGUUCCGCCACGAUGCUCAGCCAUGCUAUGCCGUUUUUGAUACAGCAGAUGGAAGGGGGCUCCGGCCAAGAUGUCCAACAGUACGCUAUCGCCACUCUUUUGGAGAUUGUGAAAAAGAGUCCUCCCAAAGCUCUUCGUCCCUACGCCCCACAGGUUCUGGAGACGUUUAUCGUCUCGCUCAGCUCCCUGGAGCAUGAAAGCAUCAAUUACCUGCAUCUCAAUGCCGACAAGUAUGGCUUGACCACGGAGAAAUUAGACAAGAUGCGUGUCUCGAGCAUCAACGCGUCACCAGUGACGGAAGCCAUUGAACAGUGUUUGGAGAGCAUCACAAUGCAAACAGACACUCCUGUCGCUGGAGAGCCAGAUGGGAUGGAAGGAGUCGUGUCAACAUCGAAGCCGUCGACCCCGAGCCAGUCACCAAUGGAUGAUGCUAUGCAGAGACUUGCCGGCGCAUACCGAGCUGCUAUCGGGCUACCAUCGAAGGUGGGUUUGAGCAGGGUCAUGAUCACCCUUGUCGUCCGUCAUCCGACUGCGUUCCGACCGUACGUCGACAGGUUUGUUCAGCUAACACGAAAACACGUCCUCGACCGCAAUGCCACCAUUAGUGUGGCGUUUAGCACUUCCCUGGGAUAUCUGAUAAGGUUGGCCUCCGAUAAAGAGAUCCAAGCCACCAGCGAAUACGCACGAAAACUGUACUUCGAGUCCCAAGAACUGGUCCACCGCUCUGUGGCGGGUGAAAUCGUCCAGGCCAUUUCGAAAGCGUCCAACGACGUCUUUAUGAAGUCGGCAUCACUCUUUCUCCCCUUUGCAUUUAUUGGACGCCAGGACACCGAUAACGAGGUAAAAGAAAGAUUUGACAUUCCAUGGAAGGAGAAUGUCGGCGGGCCCCGCUCGAUCAACCUCUAUCUCACCGAGAUCGUGAGCCUCGUCUCCGCACAUAUCAAGUCCACCCUAUGGCCCAUCAAACAUGCCUGUUGUUUCGCUGUGGCCGAUAUGGUGUCAUCAAUGGAUUCCAGUGAGAAGUACUCCGAGAGUGCUGCGAGACUUAUCUGGAAGGUGGUUCAAGAGGCCCUCGACGGCAAGACCUGGGCCGGAAAGGAGGAAAUCAUCAAGACAUACCCAAAGUUCGUGGAGCAAGCGCAAUGCAUAUGGAGUGACAAGAGUGUCAGUCAACAGAUGAGGAAGAUUGCUGUGCGAGAGGCCAAACGCACUAACGUUUCGUAUCGACCCCAUGCCAUCGAGUCGCUUGGCGAAUUCGCGCUCGUCCGAAAAGACCUGGAUCUGUCUCAGGACAUAGUGCCAUACCUGGCCGACAUACUGGAUGAGCUAACAGAUAAGGAUGCGAUGGAAGUUGACGAGACUAGCGGCAAGACCUUCGAAAACAAAACCGUGGCCGAGGCCAAUGUCAACGCCAUCGUUUCGUGCCUGUUCAGAAUACUUGCAUCACACCCAAAUGUCGACGUUCUGGAACAAGUUGCCGAAAUUGUGAAAAAAGCUCAGGCCAUGAAAACUUAUGUUGUUGAUCUGGCGGUGUACGAAAACGCAACCGUUUUCGUCAAGAAAUGGCCGGUCAAUCAGAAGAUUGAUAGUGUUGAUGUUGAAAUGAAAGGUGCAGAAAGGGAAAAUGCAAAUGGCGCAUUAGCGUUGACUCGAGCCGGAACCGCUGCUGGUGAAGACCAACCCGGCGGUCCCCGGGAAGACUAUGAGCGAUUUGAGCCACUUGUACUGGCGGUCAUCGCCGGCGAGAAUGACGAUCGCCAAGGCUCCCAGCCAGAAAACGUGCGAAGGCAGCGUGUGGCUUUGGCGGUGGCUCUAGCUGAAAGAGGCACCCGAGUAUCCGCACCGUUAGCGGCGAUCCUCGGCAACUGGGCGCGUACCGAACGGUCUAGACUUUUAUGUCAAGACAUCGAACGUGCCCAACUUCUCCUCCAAAGAACCCGCUAA